AUGCUGUCGGAAAAGAUAAGACAAUUAACCCUAGUACUAGAGAAACAUGAAUUAGAGGCACCGGGUGGAAUCGUAUCCAUUCAGCUGUAUUCGGAACUGUUCGCUGCCUAUCUUUACCAAAAUGAUCUUGCAAGUGCUCGGUUUUUAUGGAAACGGAUCCCGCAGAACAUGAAAACCGGGAAUGUGGAACUCGACCAGAUGUACAAAGUGUAUGUAGCGCUGUGGAACAACAAUACUGCAGGAUUCUAUAAGGCUAUCAAUCACGAUUGGUCCAAACACGUGUCGGAACUGAUGUUUGAGCUAAAAGAGAAAUUCCAACAGGAAACGAUCGCACUCAUCGGGCGAGCAUACAGUUCCAUCUUUGAAAAUGUGUUUGCCGAAAUGACCAACCAAACGCCGGACAUGAUUGAAGACACUUGCAAAUCGCUAAACUGGGAAAUCACGCCCGGCUCAUAUCCACGAUUAAUAAUACCGAAGCGAACCGUCGAUGAGAAACCAAUUGUAGUUAGCUCAGAAGCGCAAUUGCACAGAUUGACCGACUUUGUGUCCUUCCUCGAGAACUGA